AGGCAGAUCCAGGGCCUCACUGACCUGGGGGCGGCGCCGGUGGCGGUGGCGCAGCUGGAGUACCACCCCUGGAUCCCCGAGGUGCACCGCUCCACGGUCGCCUUCUGCCAGCAGCGGGGCAUCGCGGUGCAGGCCUAUGGCUCCAUGGGCAGCACGCCGAAGAAGGACGAGUUCCUCACGGACGAGCGGCUCCGGGGCAUCGCCAGCGGCCACAACAGGUCCGUCGGCCAGGUGCUGCUCCGCUGGGCGGUGCAGCGCGGCGUGCACGUGAUCCCCGGGAGCUCGCAGCCCGACCACAUCUCGGGCCGG